AAGAUAACAUGGGAGCAACUUGACAUGUAACACCGGCUAUUAGCCAGCAAUGGCAUCGACGCAAAUGUUCCGUAUAAAACUGAAAUUCGGAGCAAUAUAUAUAUAUUUUCUUUAUGAAGCGAAUUCCGGUAACUAUCAACGCGUGGCUUUGCUGAAAAAUCACUCUGAAGCAAUGAAUGGAUGACCAGAUAAUUGUUCACAUUUGUGUUUCACUACUCCGUCGCUUCUUGAUUACGUCACAAAUGCGCUCAACUAGUCAACGAUUGCGAGCAGACUGAAGACGAAAACGAACUGUUCCGAAAAUGGCAUUUGAGCCUGACAACACCGAUAUAUUUGACUGUAUUGUCAUGGCGGAGGAGAAAUUCCGUGGCGAGGGCUACCAAGAAGGCUUCGAGAAAGGGACCUACCAAGGUCUGCAGACUGGCCGUAGACAUGGAGCCUCUCACGGGGCAAAAUUGUCCACGGAGAUCUCCUUCUAUCACGGAUUUGCCAUUACGUGGAAAUGCCUUCUUCAACAGGGAUCAGACCCUAAACUACGAAAACGUGCCAAAGCCCUUGAGUCUUUUUUGUGCUUGAUCCAAAAUUCAAACUGUGCUGAUCCCAAAUCUGCCAAGCUGCAGGAGGAUAUGGAGAAACUUCGAUGCAAAUUCAAACAGGUCUGCUCUAUGUUCAGCAUCCACACUGACUUCAAGGAUUACACCAAAACGUCGCAAGGAGCUUCUUUCUAAAUCUUGACAAGACUUGAGUGGCCGACGCACACAUGAUGGCUGGCCUGCACGGAAAUUGUCAUGGGACACGCAAAUUCUACAUUUUCUACACCUGAAUGAAGACAAGUUAUUGUUGCUUGAAGCAAUUUGACCAUGAGAAAAUAUUUUCAAUACUUUUAACAUUAAACAUGAAAUAUUGCAAAACAAAGAUCAGGGAGCAUUAA